GUAUUUCUUCUCGUAAAAAUGGCUAUGGUUGUCGGAGGACCGGAUGAUCGAGAGUCUAUUCGACUUUUGAUUGGACAGAUUCGGGAUCUUUACAAAGAAAUUGUGCAAAUGAGAAAUGAAGAUAGAGAGCAAUAUAAGCUAAUGAAUGGGCGGGUGGAUGCAUUGGAAAAGGAUAGAUCUUUGCGUACCAAGAAGCGUCGCAAGAUCAAUAAGGAUAAGACAAAGUUGGAUAAAGAAAAGAAAUCGGCUGCUCAGAAGGUUAUUUCCACAUCAAAUAUGACGAAUACUCCCAAGAUUACGGACGAGAACAAGGUGGCUGAAAAGAAAGAAGAAGAAUAAUGAACUUGUUGUAAGAAUGUCUAUUUGUUUAUGUGGACAAUAAAUGAGUAUCUGAAG